ACAGUCCUCUACAACCCCAGUUACAAGUAUUGUCACUACAUCGACAACCUCUACCACAACUGUUGAGGCAGUUACAACAAGGCGGUUGACUUUCAGAUCAGCUGGAGAGACCUUUACAAAUGAUUUGCUGAAUUCCUCAUCUCAAGCAUUUAUCAAUCGGGCUAAUCUGCUAAAGUCAAAUCUGGAACCUUUCUACCAAAGAGCAUUUCCUUCAUUCAGCUCCUUGACUGUGAUUUCAUUGAGCAACGGAUCAAUCAUCAACAACAUGGACCUCACGUUUAGAUCCACAUCUGUUCCUAACAACACUCAGAUUGCCACAGUUUUGGUCGACGCAUCUUCCAACAUCACAGCCUUUAACAUCGACACAACCUCUGUUUCUGUGGAUGGUGCAGGACCAGUAACUACACAAGCAGUAGAGGCAACAGCAAACCAUGAAACUUCGACAGCUGAAAUAAUGAAAACAACCACAGCUCCAACAACAACUGCUGCAGCAACAACAAAACCUGCAACUUUCAUAUGUUUAAUUGCAGUUCUAUUUAGAGUCACCACACCGCCAACUGUGGCCCUCACAACAAAAGUUGUGACUUUUAGAUCUACUCAAGACACGUUUACACCCGACUUACAGAAUUCGUCCUCCGCAGCGUUUAUGAAUCGAGCUUCACUGAUAAAGAGACAGAUUGAACCCCUCUACCAAAGGCAGUUCCCUUCUUCCUUCAAUUCCUUGGAUUUGGUGUCCUUCAGAAGUGGUUCAAUCAUUAACACCAUGAACCUAAGGUUUGUGGACACAUCUGUUCCUGACAACAACCAGAUUCAGAAUGUUUUGAUCGGUGCCGCUUCAAAUGUUACCGACUUUGACAUUGAAAGCAGCUCCAUCAGCGUUAAUAGUGCAUCUUCAAUUACAGCGACCCACAAGAUCAGCCUCCUCACUGCAGCCUCCCUGGGGCUGUUUCCUUGGCUUCUGACAAGCCAGCAACUUCUUCUGUAGAAUCACACUUAAGCGUUUUUUUUUUUUUUUGUUUGUUUUUUUUAAACAUAUUCAAUGCUCAUCAAACUACCAGCACGUUUUUGUUAAGUUGAUUAACACACAACCUUGUGAAAUUUGUGAAGGCAAAAGAUGAAUCUAGUUAAAUCAAAAAUGUUCUUUUACUUUGCACUUAAAAGUGUCUAAACCUCUCUGUAGUCUGGAAAUGUAUUUGUUUAAUUAAUGCUGUAUUCUGUGAGGUUUCAUGUGGUUUGUACGAUGUGCGCCGGAAACGAUGAUCAGAACAUAAAACCUUUGAAGAAUGUGAAUCAUCUCUGAUAUUUCUUAGAUUUGGUAGGUAAUGAGAAUGUGUCUCUUACCACCAAUGAUGUACACAGACAAUAAACCUAACGAGAUUAAACGCGAUUACAUUUCACAAUAGUGUCUUACAAUUAGACACUGUUGCCCUUUGUCAUGCUGGUGAUUCAGGCUUAUUUAACUCAGCCUAUGCUUUAAGACCAUUAUCAUCUGCAGUGGAUACCAAAAAGAGAGCGUAUUUCCAUGACGACCGUCAUGUAUGACAAGAAUUGCAAUAGACUUCAAUGUGUGAAAGACUCGAGGCUACCACAGUACCAAUAAUGUGUGCCGUAAACCCAACCAAUACCUUUAGUUCGCUCGUUUUUAGACACUUUUACAACUGCCUUGCUGAAUAUAAGAGGAGAGGAAACGGUUUCCCUCUUCCUUCAACUUCAUUCAGGUAAUUUGAUUAGUUUGACUUAUCGAUUUACAACUCAAGAAUACUGACUUAAAUCUGAUACUUCACGCUAUAUUUUUGUUUCUUUUUUUUUUUUUAGGAAUGUACCGGUCAUCAACACCACAGAGAUUAUCUG